AUGGAUCCUAAAACAAUGAAAAGUGAAGCUGAUUCUAUGAAAAGAUUAGCCAUUCUUGGAAUUAGUAUUUCAUGUUUUGCUACCAUAAUAGCUGUUAUUUUGGUACCAUCGGUUUAUUCUUAUUUACAACAUACUCAAUCAGCUCUUGAUCUUGAGAUUGAAGUAUGUAAACAUCGUGUCGAUAAAUUGUUAGAAACUUAUCAUGCUAUGGAAGGUUCAAGUAGUUUUGCUAAAAAAUUCAAGAGAUCUGCUACCCACAAAUCAUCUGGUGUAUCAUCAAAUUCAGCUGCCUUCAGACAUUCAAGAGAUGUUUAUGGUGGUGUUGAUGCUGGAGUUGGUGGAUCUAUUGCUGAAGCUACAACAUGUUGCUCAUGUGGAAGUGGUUUACCAGGACCAGCUGGAACACCAGGAUCAGAUGGUUUCGAUGGUAAAGAUGGAGCUCCAGGAAAACCAGGAAUUCCAGGAAAAGAUGCUCCAUCAGAGGGUAUCUCAGAUGCUAGCCAAUUCUGCUUCGAUUGCCCAGCCGGACCACCAGGACCAGCCGGAAACCCAGGACCAAAAGGACCAAACGGAAAUGCUGGAGCCCCAGGAGCCGCAGGUGCACCAGGUAAACCAGGAAGUGAUGGACAACCAGGACCACAAGGACCACCAGGAAGUGAUGGACAUCCAGGAAAUGCCGGUGCACCAGGAGCUCCAGGAGUUCUUUCUGAAGUUGAUGGACCAAUGGGACCACCAGGACCAGCCGGUACUCCAGGUGCCCCAGGACCUGAUGGAGCUCCAGGAAAUGCAGGAGCACCAGGACAACCAGGACAACAAGGAGCACCAGGAGAUGCUGGAGCUGAUGGAGCACCAGGUCAACCAGGACAACCAGGUUCACCAGGUGAACAAGGACCACAAGGUGAAAAAGGAAGCUGCUCUCACUGCCCACCACCUAGAACUGCCCCAGGAUAUUAA